ACAAUAUUGAUAUUGGCAACACGAUAACUGUACCGAGCGAAAAGCAAAAUAAAAAUGCGUAAAGUCUCAGACAGGUGUUGUUGAUUGGGGAAGUUUUGUGUUGUAUAUUAAUUUGUUCAGCAUAUCCAGAUUCAUCAUGUCUCAGAUCAAUAUCAAUGAGCCUAGAUGGGACCAAAACACUUAUUGGGGUCGAGCAAAACAUUUCUUCACAACUACCAAUCCUUUGAAUUUAUUUUGUAGUAGUUCUGAACUAGAAAAAGCAAAGGACAUUGUAACACAAUGCAGGAAAGGAGAGAAGGUAAACCUUAGUGAAGAUGAGAUCUGGCGUGCUAAGCAUUUGUAUGAUUCGGCUUUUCAUCCAGACACUGGGGAGAAAAUGAUAUUGAUUGGACGCAUGUCUGCUCAAGUUCCCAUGAAUAUGACUAUAACUGGUUGUAUGCUAGCAUUUUAUAAGACAACACCUCAAGUUGUCUUUUGGCAGUGGAUAAACCAGUCUUUUAAUGCUGUAGUGAAUUAUACAAAUCGCAGUGGAGAUUCACCUAUACCAGUCAAGCAGUUAGGAGUAUCGUAUGUUCUUGCAACUUCUGGCGCUCUAGUUACUGCACUUGGCCUGAAUAGUUUGGUGAAGACUGCUCCACCUCUGGUAGGUCGUUUUGUCCCAUUCUGUGCUGUAGCUGCUGCAAACUGUGUCAACAUUCCAAUGAUGCGACUUAAAGAAAUACGUGAAGGCAUUCCUGUUGUUGACAAAAAUGGAAAUAGAGUGGGGAAUUCUAAAACUGCUGCCAAAUGGGCCAUUACUCAAGUUGUUCUUUCUAGAAUUGGCAUGGCUAUGCCUGGAAUGUUGAUUCCACCAUUUAUUAUGAAUCAUUUGGAUAAAAAAGGAGUCUUAAAGAAAUAUCCUUGGGUGAAUGCCCCUCUUCAAGUCGGGCUUUGUGGUUUAUUUUUGGUGUUUGCCACUCCAUUGUGUUGUGCUUUAUUUCCUCAACAAAGCUCUAUUUCAAUUGAUGCAUUGGAACCUGAAAUUCGUGAUGCUGCAUCUCAAUUGAAGAUCGAAGAUAAAUGUUUAUUCUAUAAUAAGGGCCUCUAAUGUGAUAGUCAUAUUUUAGUAUUAUUUUCCAAAGGAUUUUUAAGUACAGAUAGAUAAAUGUGUUUGAAAAAUGGUAUGUUAGAAAAGUAUUAAAUUGUCUUUUUUUUAUUUUAGAUCUAUUGUGAUUCAGAAACUGAUAGAUGUAUAUAUUUUUAAAAGGUUUAUUUUAUUUCAAUAAAAAUUGCAAAAAUAUUUUUUUAAAGUUA